GCUCUCUCAUAGCAUCAUGAGCGUCCCUAUGAGACCUCCUCCGUGGCCUGAGCUGACAGCAAACGGGACGCAAUGUUCUCCACUUGGAUCGCUUAGGCCAUCAUUCUCGCGACCAUUGUCGAGCCUGCGCUCGGCGUCAGUGGCAUCCGUUGCUUCAGUUUCCGGCACCUCCUUCACCUCCCGUCUCAACUUUAGCGUCAUCUACAACCAUACAGACGAGGUGGGCUAUGACAAAUCGCGUGAGGUUGCCAAGGUCUUCCUCGCGGUGGAGCCGUGCAUGACAGGCGCGAAGUCCGACCCAAUCUGGAUUUUGAUGUGGUACUUCAACGGCCCGAUACCGUUCAUGUUAUCCGCCAGCUUGGUGGCCUCUUGGCCACAGCACAACAUCAAAGCGGAGAGCCCCAGGGGCAAAUCGUACGUCUAG